AUGGUGAGGGUCUUUAAAUACCACAGUUUUUCUUCACAACGUGUCAUCCCUAUCGAGACAGAACCACUGACAGUGUGUGCUGAUCAUGAUAAAGUGUUUGUGGCCACAAGUGAUUGUGAGAUCAUUGUGUUUGAAGUCCGUGAACAGAACCUGGUGGAAACCCAGCGCUGUCCUACAAUAUCCCUGGUGGAAACAAUUGUAUACAAUGCUUUCAGGAGCUACAUUGUGACAGUUGAACUGAAGAAGUCAUGGAUGCGCUUGACCAAGUCCGUUCGUGUUUACUUGAACUGGGAGACCAGUGUACCAGGGGCUGGCAAGCCCAGGACUAAGGUCCGCAUUGCAGGGAAGUCGCAUGUGCAGCAUGUGUCCAGCACAGUCCGAGGGGAGAUGAUGGAAAUUGUAGAGGUGCCUUUGGAUGAAAAUGCCACAAGUGUGGCUGUGUGCAGGUCUACUGGAAACUUUGCUGUUGCAUGUGGGUCAGAGGUCAAACUGUGUAGCGUUGUGGAAAAAAUGAUCGGCAAUUCUGAUAAAACUUACUUGGAUGUUGAGGUAUUUUUGGAGCUGUGCUGGAAUUUUGAAGUGAAGUCAGUGUCGCUUUGUGAGGAGUUUAUUAUCUGCUGCUCUCUGAAGGAGGUUCAAGGCAUCAGAGUCCGAUAUGAUGAAAGAGAGAAAAGACUGCCUAAGAAAGUCCCUGUCUCUUCGUCACAUUCUACAAGAUUGCAAGAAGUCGGAAACUCAAGCCAAGACUUGACAGACAGCUACAAGCAUUCCUCAGACACAGACUUCUCACAGUCCCAUCAUAGCGAGUAUCUGUUCCCUAACCAGUGGCAGGAAAAUAGGUCAAUGACGAUCUCAUCACAAAAUCAGCCAGCUAACUCAGAGUUUAAAACUCUCUACAGGACAGACAGUGAUGUUAAAAUUGCCAAAGAUUUUUCAGUCGUUGGAAUGCGACCUUCACAGCAUAGUUCACAGUAUGACAACCCUCAUGAGGCAACGGAGAACAACAUAGUUGAUGAUGAAAACUUUCUUGAAUGGAAUUUCCAACAAGGGGAAGCGUCUGUUUGUCUGCCAAGCCUGCACUCUGGUGGUUCAACAGACUAUCUCUGUUACCACCAUGCUCAUGCCAUAAGUCCUCCAGUGUUGUCAGAUUUUUCAAAUGGCAAAGGAAAAGCCAUUUCUGGUGUCCAAGCAGAAACUGUUCUGUAUUUGAAUGAUCCACAAGAGAAAGAAGAAUGGAAAUGUGUUAUUUUAAUUCCAACAUACAAUUCAGCAUUGGAAACAUUAUCACAUCUGCCAAGUUUGGGUACAGACAAAAUGAGGUCAGUGUUGAGCGCACACAGAACCAGUAUGUGCUGCUAUAUCAGUGGGACCAGGGGAGGUUACUUGUAUCAACUUUCUCCGCUUCUGCAGCAGGUGUCUUCCUACAAGUACACAGAUAAGGCCUUGCAGGUCGGUGUGAGCCAGAGCUUUCUUCAUGUGGUAACCUGCACAGGUAUCGAGACAUACACGUCCCGCUGGGGAGCAGUCGCUUUAGAGAUGCAGGAGAAAGAAGAUAUUGAGACAGCAGAUGGAAGACAGACCCACCCCCCAUCAAACCUGGACAUUUGUUUAUGUGGCCAUGAGCCAUUUCUUGGGGCAGUGGAUCUCUCAGUUGGAGCGGAUUUUCUUACUCUCCUUUCAAAAGUGGAGGAUCCUUCUGGGUCUGAAGUUCACUGGGGUGUGUAUGUUCUUCAUUCAUUCAGUCUUCUAGACUUGUAUAGAGAUAUGAUUGCCUGGGCAGACAGGAUUAAAAUUACAGGCCCAGCUUCCUACAUCCACAUUCUUCAAGAAGCCCAUCUGUUACUGACCACAAACUCCAUGUUUAAUGUGAGCAAGGACUCAGAGAUCAGAGAAUGCUAUCGUGAGGUGUGUCGGAGACUAGGGGAAUAUUACUCUCAACCAGGACAAGAUGAUUGGGGUCUCUGUUGGCCAUACUACAGCAAUUCUGGAGCUUCAGUCCAGGAGCUUGUUCAGAGGGCACAGGAGCAAGCGGAGCAGACAAAACCACAAGAGUUUGGAAAAGGACUCAUUGACUACUUGGACAACGUCUUGUUUGCUCAGGACAAGGCUGUAAACUUAUCAACUCAGGUUUCAAAUGUGGUCCUCAACAUAUAUGCAGUUUCAGCACCAGAAAAAAUAUCCCAAGUGAUCCUUUUGUCAAAUAUGAAAUCAUUUUCAACAGAAGAAUCUUUAAACUCCCUGAGUUCAUGGUUGUCCAACAAAGCGAGAAGUUCUCAGCCAAUCAGUGCUGUCGACAAACUUGCCAUGGUUCAAUUGCAUUUGACACGCUGUGAGGUUGAUGAAGCAAUCACAGAACUGAAAUCGAUUAAGAAAUCCUCACUGGUCAACCUGUGCUCAUCACACCCAGAAAUCAUACAUGACAACCUGGCAAGUUUCAAGCCACUAGCACAACUAAUGAGGCAGCAUACGUCAAGCAUUCUCCUGGAGGUGCUUGUAGAAAUGCUGGAUAGCUGCAGUAUCUCCCUGGGUUCUCUUUUAACUUUACUUCAGAGCCAGUCGGACCUGUCCUCAAACAAUCACAUCAGAGAAUCUUUGGAACUCAUUCUAAGUGAUGAGAAAAGAGCUCUAUUGUUUGAUGAAGCUGCACAAAUGCUUUGUGAGAUCUACAUAGCAAAACUGAAAGAAAAUUCACAGCUGUCGGCAAAACAAAUAUCUGCUCUUGCACAUCAGAAGUUUUCAUUGCCCCUAGGAAAUGGCCAUUUUGCACCACGAUUUGCCUGGUUGGAUUAUCUUCCCCCCUUUCAAGGACCUAACAAAAUGGCUAGGCCAUGUCAAAGGUUAGAGGUCAAACAUAUUCCUGGACCUGGGUCAAGGAAUGUAUCCUUGCCUGUCACCAUGGUAACCAAGCAUGCCCAUAAGGAAAGAUGCCAGUGUUUUGUGUGCAAUGAAAGUCUUUUAAAACUUCAGUCGUUGCUGUGCUCACCACACCUCACCUCUAAACUCGCAUCCUUUGUGAUGCACCACAUCGAAGAGUUCCAAACCAACAACCUGGAUGAGGUCAAGGAUGCUGAUAUGGAAUGCUGGGAUAGUGUGCGGUAUUUGUGUUUGACAAAACUAAACUUGGAGAAAGCCACAGAAGAGAUUGUAGACAGGUACCCCAGUAUUAUUGGGAUGUUUUCUGCCAGCUGCUUCAGUGGGCAUGUGGACAAGUAUUCGCACUUACUACGCACCAUGGAAGCAGCCAUGAAACUGUGCAAGGUGGCACCCAAUGCUCAAGGGGAGGAAACUUAUGUCAGGGCAUACAAAGACCUUCUAUCGAGAAUGGCAGAGUUGUUCCCUCCUGCCACAUUUCUGGAACUUCUGCCAGCAGAUGGCAACCUAUACUUCCUGCUUCCAUAUUUGUGCACAAAUCUGAAACUGGAUCACACGGAGAGGCUCAAGCAGACGAUUGUCAGCAUGGGCAAGGAUAUUUUGUCACACAACUAG